AAAGAUGGAAAAGAAAAAGCAGUCUGCAUGUCAUUACUGUGAUCCAGAAGGCCAAUCAGCCCCAGGAGACCGUUUCAGACGUUUAUUCCCUGGUCCUAGUUGGCCGGCUGGUGAUGAUGACGUAUCUAAGGAGGCAGCUAGGAAUAUGAUAAGAUCCAGAGGUUAUCCCUUCCCAGUUUUGAAUGAUUGUGGCAUGCGUUUGCUGUGUAAUUUUGAAGAUGAAUUUGGUGAAGAUGUCUGGAGUAAGCUCACAGAAGAAGUUGCUUCGGAUGUGUCUCAGAAUGUUGUCGCACUGGCUUCAUUCAGUGGAGAUAAAAGGUUUUUCGCUUGCACAGGCAUAGUUAUAGGCUGCAGUGAGUUCACCACAAGAGUCCUGACGUCGGCGAGUUUGGUCAGAAAUUCUGAUGAUCAAGCAAAGGUUGCUGAUAACUUAAAGAUUUAUGUGUGCCUUCCGGAUAAUCAACAUGCCAUGGGCAUGUUGCAACAUUACAAUUUAUGGUACAACAUCGCUGUCAUCAGCAUCAUGGGUUCUCGCCGUACUCGGACAGCACAAAUCUAUGAUCAGCCAAGUGAACUCGAUUGCAAAGAGCUUAUGAUGUCCACUUGUAAAAUCACAAAGGCUGGGAUUGGAGGGCCUCUUAUUGAUUGUCAUGGGAAUUUUAUUGGCAUGGAUUUCUACGGCUUGGAAGAAACUCCAUACCUACCCAGAAAUGUUGUGCUCGAAGUCUUGAGGAGUUUUGAUACAAAGAGUGAUGCUACCGUUUUUAUCAAAGAUCAAAACGCAAACAGAUGGCCUGUGCCUAAGCCUUGUUGGUGCUAUCCGACAUGGCACCAGUAUCUGGGCUAA